CAAUGAGCGAGCGCCCUCGCGCCGCGCCCCGCCCCAGCGCUGCCUUCUCUUCCGGCAGCCUUAAAGGGGCCUCGCAGCGGCUGGGCAGCCCAGCCCGGCGAUGGCAGUGCCUGGGCACGGCCGGAGCCGUUCGCCGCUGAAGGAGGAUGAGGAGGAUGGGGAUGAGGAGGACCCGCUGGAGGCGCGGAUCGCCCGCUCGGGCUGCGCGGGGCCGCACCGGGCGCUGCAGGAGUGCAUGGCGCAGUGGCAGGACUGGCGCCGCUGCCAGCCCCAGCUGCGAGCCUUCGGCCAGUGCAUGGCGCAGAGGCAGCGCCCCCGGGAGCCGCCGGGGCCAGCGCCCAGCCCGGCCCGGCCCUCGCCGGCCCCGACUUGAACGGGGCUCGGGGCUGGGUCAGCAGCGCCUUUGUGACCCCCUUCUGGGGGGAGCUUAUUUCGACACCUGAGCUCGCUGGGAAUUAAACCUGGUGCUGGUCGCUGCCCUGCCCA